AUGUCGUUUGGCCACAACGAAAACGCAAACGAUGCGAAACCGAGGGCUCUGAGAUUGACGCGCGCGGCGCUGAAUAACGUGACCAACACUUCGGGUUUGGGUGCCCCGCCGCAAGAGACAAAACCGGUUGGAACGAUUUCCGGUGCCAGAUCGUUUGGUAAAGCACUUCGCAAUGCACGAUCCAAGUUGCAGAAUGCCAAAGUUGGCGGCAAUCUCUUACCGCAAUCAGUCCGGCAACAAUCCGAGCCGAUUCCUGGAGAUCGGCAAUCGCAACUGUCACACACAAGUCUCGUGCCAGCGUCUUCUGGUAGUCUGGCACCGCUGGAAACUGUGUCUGAGCAUGAUAAAGAGAACGCGGAUCCUUUCACUGCGAAUUUCACCAGUGUCGACGAGGAUUCCAGAGCGGCUCGUGCAUUGUCGAGCUCGGACGAAGAAUUGAAAUACGCGGAACAGCAAACCAUGCUCAAAGACGCAAAAUUUGAACAUACACAUCCACAGCAACACGUCGACAUCGACUCUUCAAAAAUGUCAGAAACGGACCAGGAAUUGUCGGGUGGACCGCAGGCCACGGUGGCUGACGCCAGCAAAAAAAGGCCAAUCUCCACCGUGGUGGAACACGAAGAACCCAAAAAAUUCAAGGUUUGCGAAAAAGGUACUGAAUACGAGUGGGAAGAUCUAGAUGCGGAAGAUGUAAAUGACCCGUUCAUGGUCAGCGAAUACGUCGACGAUAUCUUCGAGUAUUUGCACAAAUUGGAAAUCAUGACGCUGCCGAACCGUCAUGAUCUCUACAAGCAUAGCAACAUACGUCAAAACAGAGACAUCCUGGUGAACUGGAUGGUCAAAAUACACAACAAGUUUGGAUUGCUCCCGGAAACGCUUUAUUUGUCGUUGAACGUCAUGGAUAGGUUUCUUUGUAAAGAACUUGUUCAAUUGGAAAAAUUACAAUUGGUUGGAACCGCAUGUUUGUUCAUUGGAUCCAAAUACGAAGAAGUUUAUUCACCAAGUGUGAAGCAUUUUGCAUACGAAACAGACGGAGCCUGCGAUGAAGACGAAAUAAGGGAAGGGGAAAAAUUUAUUCUCAAGACCCUUGAGUUUAAUUUGAAUUAUCCGAAUCCCAUGAAUUUCCUGAGACGAAUUUCUAAAGCUGACGACUAUGAUAUACAAUCCAGGACUUUGGCCAAAUAUCUUUUAGAGAUUUCAAUUGUGGAUUUCAGAUUUAUUGGGGUUUUGCCCUCACUAUGUGCCGCAGCGGCAAUGUUUCUCUCGAGAAAAAUGUUGGGCAAAGGGAAAUGGGAUGGGAAUUUAAUGCACUACAGCGGCGGUUAUACAAGAGAAGAAUUGGCACCCGUCUGUAACAUGAUAAUGGACUAUUUGGUGCAACCGGUUAUCCAUGAUGAAUUUUUCAAAAAAUAUGCAUCUAGGAAAUUCAUGAAGGCAUCUGUGAUUUCCAGACAGUGGGCUAAAAAGGUGGUUGCCCACGGCUACGAUAUCAUGACAUUGCAUGAAGUGUCGGAAUGA